CCCGGGGACCAAGUGUCAGAGCACUGCGGGGCUCGGAGCCGGCACUGCCCCGGGAGAGCGCGGCGGAGGCAGAGCCCCGGCUCCCUGCCGGGAUUCAGAUGCUGCUCCUUAAUUAGCUGGGAAGAGACAGACACCGAGAAAGUGCUGCCUGACAACUGUGCAGGAGAUUCUUUGAUGGAUUAAAACCUCGUCAGACUCCAACUUGAGAAGCAGAAUGACAGCUCAGACACUUAAACCACACUUUUCACCAUCCUGGAAAAGAACUGGCUUUCAGAAUUUGGAGGGUUUUUAAUGCUCUACCUCCCUCUGCUGUUACCAGCGAGAAGUUCCUCGACAAUGGGAAAUCAUGUACUCGCUGCUUCGAUUUCCAUGCUCUCGCUUCUGGUGAUGAUGGGAGACACGGACAGUAAAACAGACGGGUCCUUCCUCAUCGACUCCGACCCCAGCCGCUGUAUGAGGCACCACUACGUGGACUCCAUCAGCCACCCUCUCUACAAGUGCAGCUCCAAGAUGGUGCUGCUGGCCCGCUGCGAAGGCCGCUGCAGCCAGACCUCGCGCUCGGAGCCGAUGGUUUCCUUCAGCACCGUCCUGAAGCAGCCCUUCCGCUCCAGCUGCCACUGCUGCCGGCCCCAGACCUCCAAGCUGAAGGCCAUGAGGCUGCGGUGCUCGGGGGGCAUGCGGCUCACGGCCACCUACCGCUACAUCCUCUCCUGCCACUGCGAGGAGUGCAACUCCUAG